AUGCUGGACGGUGUCGUAGCACUUUCAAGAUCUGGUAUCAUGACCCCUAACCUAAGCAAAGGUUUUGACAGAUCCUUCAGUAUUCGUAUGAAAUCCACACUAACUAAGAGAGGUGUACAUGUUAAAACAUCUGGAUAUAGAGUAGUCCAUAUACUUGCUCAUAUGCGGCCACAGUUCAGUUUCUCCGUUAAUAGGAAGCAUCCCCCGCACCUUAUUGGAAUUGUUGGCAUAGCACUGGCGCUGCCACCUCCAACUAUAAGUGAAUUACGGAUGGAGAACGACACAUUUGUGACGAGACUUGGUUUAGACUUUACUGUUUCUUAUUGUGAACCAAAAAUUAGUGAAUUGAUGAACAUAUCUCCAGAUGAUCUCAACAACAGGAGUCUUUAUGAUUUCAUUCAUGCAGAAGAUUUGAAGAGGAUUCGGAAAUCUCAUGUAGAUUUAUUGUCAAAAGGCCAGGUGUUGACAGACUACUACCGUAUGCUGAACAAACAUGGUGGCUACGUAUGGGUGCAGACAUGUGCGAUGAUGAUACUGAAUAAGAAUGAUGAAGUUAUCAGCACCAUCAUCGGAGUCAAUACGGUAUUAAGUGGUAUUGAGUAUUCCAACUGCAUCAUGGACACCAGUCAGAUGAAGACCGUCUUCACACCUGAUCCUGACCAGUCUGACCACUCUGAAAAUGACUCUGGAUCUGAUCAAGACCCUGGCAAAAAUGGAGAAAAAGAUACUCCCAGUUUAGAACCUUCCGUAGUUCCUCAUGGCACGGUGGCCUCUUCUAGUGCUAACAGGAAUGGCAGUCGCCAGGCUUCAUCAACUGGGAAAAGUCAUUCUUCUAGUCAUGAAACACAGUCACCCGAGGCUGCACUAGAAAAGAUAUCAAACACAAAAGAGGUUGACAUUUUAUCUGAGGAUGUAUUUUUUGAAGAUUCAAAUAAAACAGAUACCAGAAUUUCCAGGAGAAAACUAGACAAGCCUCGCAAGCGCAAGCGUUCGUUAGCUGAUGAAAUCCAGAGUCAUCUUGAUAAGUAUUCAGGUACGGUUCAGAACAAUACGAGACUUGAUGAUGAAAAUGGUGCCCAAGGAACAGAGCAGAUGCAAAAACAGGACAAUGACUCUUCUGCUACUGAACAGUAUCAAAUGUCAUCUGUUGCUUCAGAUAUGGACCAAAGUCCACCCCUCACAAAUAUAUCUACAGAUGGAUAUGCUGUCCGUAUCACGUUCCAUGCUGCCUUCUGUUGA